AUGGGGAAAACUAAAAAUGACCUAGCAACUACCCAGCUGAAUUAUAAAAGAACUGAUCAAGAAUUCCAAGAUUUUAAAAAUCAUCAUAUUGAAUUUGAGCAAAAGUAUGAGAUGGUCCUUGAGGAGAAUGCAAGAAUGAGUCAGGAAAUAGGAAAUCUCGCUAAAGAAGCUCAAAAACUUGGUUUAAGUUUGGAUGCUUUGAACGUAGAGCUUUCUCACACAACCCAAGAACUUCAGCAGAAAACAACUGAGAGUCAAGAAAGGUUAAACGAAGUGCAAGAGCUGAAGCAACAAUUAGAAAGUAGAGAUUCUAGGCUUCAAACGGUUGAAAGGGAAAAGACACUGAUUACUGAGAAACUUCAGCAAACCUUCGGAGAAGUAAGAACCUUAACCCAAGAAAAGGAUGACCUAAAACAACUCCUAGACAGCCUGCGAAUUGAGAGGGACCAACUCAAAAGUGACAUUGAGGAUACUGUAAACAUGAACAUAGACACCCAAGAACAAUUACUAAAUGCUCUUGAGUCUUUGAAACAACACCGAGAAACAGUUAACACACUAACAAUGAAAAUUUCUGAGGAAACUUCCAGGAAUUUGCAUAUAGAGGAAAACAUAGGAGAAACUAAGGAUGAACUUCUGGAAAAGACCAUUGAAAACCAGGAAUAAUUAAGAAUUCUUGGAGGUGAGCUUAAAAAGCAACAAGAGAUAGUUGUACAAGAAAAGAACCAUACCAUAAAGAAAGAGGAAGAGCUUUACAGGACCUGUGAGCAACUGGCAGAAGCUGAAGAAAAGCUAAAGGAAAAGAGCCAACAACUCCAAGAAAAACAGCAACAACUUCUUAGUGUACAAGAAGAGAUGAGUGGGAUGCAGAAAAAGAUGAAUGAAAUGGAGAAUUUAAAGAAUGAAUUAAGGAACCAAGAACUAACACUGGAACAUAUGGAAGUGGAGAGGCUAGAGUUGGCUCAGAAACCUCAUGAAAAUUAUGAGGACAUAAAAUCCAUAACCAAAGAAAGAAAUGAUCUGCAGGAAUUACAGGAGUCAUUUGAAAUAGAGAGAGAGAAACUUACAGAAUAUGUAAGAGAAAUUGAAGUUAUGGGUCUGGAAACAAAAAAAGAACUAAAAAUUGCUCACAUGCAUCUAAAAGAACACCCAGAAGCUAUUGAUGAACUAAGAAGAAAUGUUUCUGGGAAGACAGCUCAAAUAAUAAAUAUUCAGAAGGACCUAGAAAAAUCCAAUACUGAAUGACAAGAAAAGAUAGUAACUUUGGUAUUUUAUGAAUCUCACAAGAUCCAAGGGCUUCCUAAUGUGGAAGAAGUCAGUGAUACUCAGGAAAUGAUGGAUGAACUGGAGCCAUUGAAAGAACCAUCCAAACCCAAGGAUUCAGCAACACUGGCAAGCACAGAAAUGGGAAGGCUCAGGUUGAUUGAAAAACUUCAAGAAAGUCCUGAAGAAAUAAAAUCUCUAACUGAGGAAAGAGACAACCUUAAAAUAAUAAAAGAAGCACUUAAAGUUGAUUGUGAGCAGCUGAAAGAAGACAUUAAAGAAACUUUGGCUAAAAUCCAAGAGGCUCAAGACAAACAAGAACAGUCCUUCAAUAUGAAAGAAAAAGACAAUGAGAUUAAGAAAAUACUGAGUGAGAUGGAGCAAUUGAAGGAGCAACUCCAAGCCAAAGAGUCAGCACUACUAAGAACAGAUAUGGAAAAGCUCAGAUGUUCUGAGAGACCCCAAGACAGUCAUGAUGACGUGAGCUAUGUAGCUAAGGAGAGAGAGAGCCAACAGCUGCUGCAGGAAGUUGUUCAGUCUGAAAGCGACCAACUCAAAGAAAACAGAGAAAUCAUGGCUAAACACCUAGAAACUGUAGAGGAACUUAAACUUGCUCGUUGUCACCUGGAAGAACAGGAGGAAACUAUUGAAAAGCUGAGAGUGAGUCUUUCAGAGAGAGAAACUGAACUGUCGAGCUUUCAGAAGGAAUCAGAAACAACCAGUGAUGCAUUACAGAAGAAGGGAAAUUGGGGGGAAGGAACAAUCCAAGAGUUUCAUGAGAAACAGGAACAAUUUGUUAGCAUCAAAGAAGUCAGUGAGACUCAGGAAAAAACAAGUGAACUAGAACAAUUAAAGGAGCAACUCAAAGCCAAAGAUUCAUCACUACAAAGUAUAGAAAGCAAGAGGCUCGUGUUGACUGAGAGACAUCAGGAAAGUCAAGAAGAAAUAAAAAUUAUAAUUAAGGAAAGAGAUGAACUGAAAGGGUCACAAGAGGCCCUUCAAAUGGAGAGAGGCCAACUCAAAGAAAACAUUAAAGAAAUUGUAGGUGAAGCAUGGAAAAUCAAAGAGGAACUGCAAACUACUUAUAUUCUUCCUAAGGAGUACCAAGAAGCUAUUAGCACAAGGAAUAUUUCAGAGAAGACAGAUCAAGGAGCAAAUAUUCAGAGAGAUUUAGAAAAUUCAGAAGCUGAAUUACAGGAAAAAAUUCAAGAACUUCAGGAAGAAGAGCAUCAGCUUCCUAAGAUGAAAGCCGUCAGUGAGACUCAGGCAAAAAUGUGUGAAAUGGAAUACUUGAAGAAGCGAUUUGAGGCCCAGAAGUCAACUCUGGAAAAUAUAGAAAUGGAGAACGUAAGGUUAACUCAGAGACUCCAAGAAAACCUUGAAGAAAUGAGAUGUGUUACAAAAGAAAGAGAUGACCUUAGGAGUGUGGAGGAGACUCUCAAAGUAGAGAGAGACCAGCUCAAGGAAAACCUCAGAGAAACCGUAACCAGAGACCUGGAAAAACAAGAGGAACUAAGAAUUGCUCACAUGCAUCUGAAAGAGCACGAAGAAACUAUUGAUAAACUCAGAGAAGUUGUUUCAGAGAAGACAGAUGAAAUGUCAAAUAUGCAAAUACAGUUAGAAAACACAAAUACUGCCUUAAAAGCACAGAUCCAAGAACUUCAAGAGAAAGAACAUCAACUUCUUAAGGCAAAAAAUGAUCUCAGGGAAAAUACACAUCAAACAGAGCAAUUCAAGAAGCAAUUAGAGGCCCAGAAUUCAACCCUGGAAAGUAUAGAAGCAGAGAAGUUCAAGUUGACUCAGAAACAUCUUGAAAACCUUGAAGAAAUAAAACUUGUUACUAAGGAAAGAGAUGGCCUCAGAAGAGUGGAGGAAACCCUCAAAAUGGAGCGAGACCAGCUCAGUGAAAGCCUGAGAGAGCUGGAAGCUAAAAAUCUGGACAAACGAGAGGAACUAAGAAUUGCUCACAUGCAUCUGAAAGAGCACCAGGAAAUUAUUGAUCAACUCAGAGGGAUUGUUUCUGAGAAGACAGAUGAAAUGUCAAAUAUGCAAGUGGAUUUAGAAAAUUCAAAUGCUAAAUUACAAGAAAAGAUCCAAGAACUUAAGACAAAUGAACAUCAACUUUUUAAGUUAAAAGAUGUCAGUGAGACACAGAAAAAAAUGUCUGAAAUAGAGCAAUUGAAGAAAUAAUUCAAGGCCCAUAGUUUAACUCUGGAUAAAACAGAAAUGGAGAACUUAAAUUUGGCUCAGAAACUUCAUGAAAACCUUGAAGAAAUGAAAUCUGUAAUGAAAGAAAGAGAUAAUCUAAGAAGAGUAGAAGAGAUUCUCAAACUGGAGAGAGACCAACUCAAGGCAAACCUACAAGAAACCAUAGUUAGAGAUCUGGAAACACAACAAGAACUAAAAAUUGCUCGUAUGCGUUUGAAAGAACAUCGAGAAAUUAUUGAUAAAUUCAGAGAGAGAAUUUCAGGAAAGACAACUCAAAUUUCAAAUAUUCAAAAGGAUUUAAAUAAAUCAAAAGAUGAAUUACAGAAAAAGGACCAACAGAACCUGAAAGAGGUAUUAAAACAUGAAAAAAUGUUUCUAUGUGAUGGAAAACAGCACCUUACAGAAAGCCUGAGAGAAAAGUGCUUUAGGAUAAAAGAGCUUCUGAAGAGAUUCUCUUCAAGAACGGAGAGUCAUUCUGAGUGCUUAAAUGGACUCUCUCUUGACUUGGAGAGGGAAAUUGAAACCCAAAGAGAACUUUCAGUUAGAGUAAAAGCAAACCUCUCGCUUCCAGCUCCACAAACCCGACAGAUUCAGAAACUUCUCACCGCCAACCAGAGAUGCUCCAUGGAGUUCCACAGAGUCGUGAAGAAACUCCAGUUUGUGUUAAGCCAUGUUACAAAGAUAAAGGCAGAACAACAUGAAUCCAUCAGUAAAUUUGAAAAGAUUUUUAUUGAUGAAGUGGAAAAGCAAAGUGAACUGCUAAUUAAAAUACAGCACCUUCAACGAGAUUAUGAUGUACCAUCCAGAGAAUUAAGGGACUGCCAAUUGAGGCAGAAAAUGGAUCUACGUAUUGAGGAAAUUCUCAAAGAUUUUUCAGAAAGUGACUUCCACAGGAUGAAAACUGAAUUUCAACAAGUACUACGUAAUAGGAAAGAAAUGACCCAGUUUUUGGAAGAGUGGUUGAAUACUCAUUUUGAUAUAGAAAAGCUUAAAAAUGGCAUCCAGAAAGAAAAUGAUAGGAUUUGUGAAGUGAAUAAUUUUUAUAAUAAAAAAAUAACUGGUAUAAGGAAUGAAGCAACAGAGUUUGAGGGAAGAAAUGCAACCAUAGUCAAAGAAUAGAAACAUGACCUGAAAUCAGUGAAAGAGGAGAAUGAAAAACUGUUUAAAAACUAUCAAACUUUGAAGAUCUCUCAGACAUCUGGUGCCCUUGUUAAUCCUGCUACACAAGACGCUAAGAAUCUUCACGUCACAUCAAAAGCUACACAACUAACCACAGAGACAAUUCAAGAGCUGGAAACUGCACUCCAUGAAGCAAGAAAAAGUGCCAAGGACAAAAAAGAGAAGAUUAUAGAGAUGCAGAGAGAACUAGAGAUGUCUAAUGACGUCACAGCAAAACUUUAGUCACAAGUUAAUGAAUCAAAUAAAUGCCUGGAAAAAACAAAAGAAAUGAUCCAAGUGCUUCAGGAGAAAGUUGCUUUAGGAGCUAAGCCCUAUAAAGAAGAAAUUGAAGAUCUCAAAACAAAACUGGUGAAAAUAGACCUAGAGAAGAUGAGAAAUGCCAAGGAGUUGGAGAAGGAAAUUACUUCUACAAAAGCCGCCGUAGAACAUCAAAAAGAAUUUAUAAGGGUAUUGAGAGAAAAUCUUAGAAGAAAUCAACAGGCCCAAGAUACUUCAAUGAUAUCAGAACAUGUUGAUUCUCAGCCUUCAAAGAAACCCUUAACCUGUGGGGGUGGCAGCGGCAUUGUACAGAGCACAAAGGCUCUUAUUUUGAAAAGUGAAUAUAUAUGGCUAGAAAAGGAAAUUUCUAAGUUAAAGCAGCAAAAUGAACAGCUAAUACAGCAAAGGAAUGAACUGUUAAGCAAUAACCAUCAUCUUUCCAGCGAGGUCAAAACAUGGAAGGAGAGAACCCUUACAAGAGAGGCUCUCAAAGAAGCGACUUGUGCGAGUUCUCCCAAGUCUCCUAAGGUGACUGGACCAGCUUCUAAGAAGAGACAACGUACACCUUCUCAUUGCAAGGAACAGGAUUUACAAGAUCCUGUGCCAAAGGAAUCACCAAAAGCUUGGUUUUCUGAUAGCGGAUCAGUCUUUUCCAGCACCUCAUCCAGUUUGCUAUUUUGA